AUGGAUUUAGCUUUGUUAAUGGGUUUGCUAGGUUUUGAAACAGCCAGAACUUCUAAAUUAAGAUAUCUUCUACCAAGAAUUUAAUGCUCUGGUUCGACUGCUUUUAGAGAUGCAGUUAUACAAGGUAACGAACUAAUGUUGAAGCUUUUCUCAUUGUUUGUAAAAGAAGGACUACAUGAUAAAUUUUAAAUUGUUCACGUUGUACUUACAGACGGUGAUGAUUGUGCCUCACAAACAAGCCAUUAAGACUUCUUAAAAUAUCAACUUUAUUUAUAUAGCUAGCUUCCUCCAUAAAUGUUAAAAACAUUUUAUAUUGGUGUAAAUUUAGAAAAUAAUUCAACUGUGAGACAAUAAAUGAAACAAAUUAUUGACUGCAGUUGUGAAUCAGCUUAAUAUUAUUCAAUUAAUAGCAAUGGAAUAAAUGAAAUAUUUUAAAAGAUACAAAUGUAGAUAGGAAUUGAAGUGUAACAAAGAGGUCUGGUAAUGAAAAAUGAGCACAUGACAAUUGGAUUAAUGUAAGAGAAAUAUAGACCUGUGGUAUAAAUCACAGUUAAUAAUUAUAUUGUGAUUUUCACAUUAGAUAUUUCUGGUUCAAUGGAAAAUAAUUGGCCAAAAGUUUGUGGUGCAGUCAGUGGAUUUUUAGAUAAUCUUGGAGAGAAUGAUUUAGUUUUGGGAAUUACAUUCAAUAAUCAAGUAAAUAUUAUUACGAAACCGCAAUUGGAAAAUAGAAUUUAGAAUUCUCCUCCUCCUCGUCCUCAUCUUCCAUAAAGUUAUUCCAAUGGCCCAGAUGAAGGUUACUAUUGUUGUAAUAUUUUCUGA